AUGUACCGGACCAAGCCGCUGCUGGCACCGCCCAGGCCUAAAUUGCCGCUGGUGCUGUAUGUGAUUUCGAUUGUGCUGUCCUGCCUGCUCUUCUACUGGUCUGGGCUUUACUGCCGUUGGAACUCGUGCACCGAUCGCGUCAGCGAGGCCUGGAAGAGCAAGCAAUAUGCACAGUACUUCCCAGCCUGCGUAGCGCCGCUGAUCGGGCUCUUCUCGGUCUUCUGGCUGUUGACAAGCCUUGUCUACCCAAAUACACCGUGUCAUCAGACCUACAAUUGCAUGGAAAUGCCAACCUCCGUCUUUUGUUCUCUACUCGCUGGAGUGUCAGCCGUCAUCGAAAUCCACUACUCGAUUGAAUACGCAGAGCCGAGCUGGAGUGAGCGCUGGAGCUGGAUUACGGCAGACGCGAUCGCCCUCGGUGGAGUUCAUGCCGUUUUGGCCUUUGCACUACAA